UUCAGUACUCACAGUGUGAGUAGUGCCACUGAUUUUUAUCUUUCAGUUGCACACAGCUGAAGACCAUCUGCAUCAAGAAAUGGGGAUCAGUGCAUUUAUAACUUUCAUGCUGCUGCAAAUUGCAUUAAGCUCUGCACAACAACCGCAUUUUAUGUUGGUGUUCUCUUCCCAGUCUGAGAGCAUGACCAAUUCCACAGUGUGUACCAACAUCGUGGGAUUCAAUGAGUCAUUCACACUUUCUUUGAUACUGCAGGCAAAUGGGAAUACUGAUGCCAUAUUCACAGAUUUUGUGAAAUGCCACCCCCCAAGUCCAAAGUCACGUCAGCCAGAGUUCUGCCAGUACUCCAAGUGUAUAUCCUACCAGGUUCCAGUGGUUUAUCCCACCUACUCCUAUGAAAAAGGAACUGUUGCCAUCCUAACUGUAACAGCAACAAGAAGUGAUAACAGUGUAAUGUUUACCCAGGGUAAUACGUUUUAUAUCACUAUGCCAGCAUCAGCAACAAUUAUCCAGACUGACAAACCAAUCUACAAACAAGGAGAGAAAGUCAGGGGCCGUAUUUUUAGCCUGGGUUCAAAAAUUAAUCCACUAAAUUAUGAGUAUGCCUUGGUUGAAGUAAUAGACCCACAAAAUAACAGAAUUGGCCAAUGGCUACAACUGAAACCACUUCACGGCAUUGCAGAGUUUUCCUUGCAGCUCAUUAAAGAUGCAAUGUUGGGUGACUACACCAUACAUGCUAGGAAAUGGAAUGGUGAUAACGUUUACACAGUAAUUACUGUGGAAAACUAUGAGUUACAAAAAUUUGAGAUCAUUGGAAACUUUCCAAAGAAAGUUCUCAAAUGGGACAAACAAUUCAAUUUUUCUAUUUGUGGCAGUUAUACAUAUGGCCGGUAUGUCAAUGGAAGAGUUGAAGUCUCUGUUUGUCGCAAAAAUUAUUAUUAUAAUUAUUACUAUUACUAUUGGUAUUACUAUGGACAAGACAUGUGGGGAAACGACUUAUGCCAAGAAUUUUCUGGAAAGACAGACAUCAAUGGGUGUUUCGUUGUUAGUGCAAACACUGAUCCUUUCAUGUUUGACAGUUGGAAUUAUGAAAUGCAAUUAGUUGUCACAGGCAGCCUUGAAGAGGAUGGAACAGGUAUUAAGUUAAAUGUAUCUGGGACUAUUCCAAUUUCACAAAUCCGUGCAACUGUGCAGUUCCAGGAUACUGCAAGCUACUACCGUAUUGGCAUCCCUUUCUCUGGAAAGACCAUAGUGCAGGAUUCAGAUGGCAAAGGAAUGGCAAGUGUACCUGUCUACCUGACUUAUCAAUAUUCUGGUAAGCAGAUAAGUAGUGCAUUCAUCACAGAUCGAAAUGGCAUCGCAGCCUUCUCACUGAACACCAGUGAUUGGACUGGAAACAUAAACAUCAGAGGAAGCUUUGCACCUGGAAAUGCAUACUAUUCUGCUGAGUACAUUGAUGCAUACCUUACCCUGCAGGAAUUCUACUCUAACACAAAAAGCAAUGUGUUAAUUAAACGACAAUAUGAACAACUAAAAUGUGGUGUGAAUGCCAGCAUAACUAUAAAUUAUUUAUUUUCCAUCGAUGAAGUGAACACCACCAAAAGCCAGUUUAUCAACUAUGUGAUCAUUUCAAGAGGAAGUAUAAUCUAUACUGGCCAGGAAAAGGUGUCAAUACCACAAUCAGCAAACCAAGACAUAUAUGGAUCCUUUGACAUCACUCUGACAGUCACUGCAGAUGUUUCCCCUAUUGCUCGGGUUCUUGCCUAUGCAGUACUUCCAAAUGGUGCAGCUAUGGCUGACAGUUUUGACUUUUCAGUUGUCAAAUGUUUCAACAACAAGGUUGGUCUGCAGUACUCUAAGUCUGAAGUCCUUCCAGGAUCUGAACUGUCACUCAGUAUUGAGGCUAAUCCAGGCUCCUUAUGUGCACUGAGAGGUGUAGACAAAGGUGUUCUUCUUCGGAAACCUGAGACAGAGAUCACAGCAAAUUAUGUGUACAACCUUCUUCCCAUCAAGGAUCAGUAUGGUUAUCCUUAUCAGGUCAAUGAAUACACUUCCUACCCUUGCGCUUGGGGCUUUUACAGUUACUACUACUAUUACUACUAUUCCCAAAAUUACAUGGACUCGUACAAUAUUUUCAAGGGUUCAGGAAUGAAAUUAAUCUCAAACUGUGCAAUGAAGAAAGUUUUUAGCUGCCCAACCAGCACAACAACCACCACCACCACCACCACCACCACAACAACAACAAAAGAUGGUCCGACAGUUUCAGAUGUAUUUUUCAUAGACACUACUAUUCAGACGACUACCACUCCAAUAACAAUUCUAAUGUCAAUGGCACCCGUAAUGACAACUCAGAUGGUUAUGCCAUCUUUACCAGAAAUGGCACCCACAAGUGCUGCUCCAGUUCAGCCUGAAAGUAAGCCACGCACUAAUUUCAAAGACACGUUUCUAUGGCAUCUGCAGGAAGUUGGGGUCAGUGGAACAAACAUCUCUUUAACCAUCCCAGACUCAAUCACGGAAUGGGAAACCACCAUGUUUUGCACAUCUGCUACUGAGUUUGGACUAGCAGAUCCUGUGUCUGUCAUAACUUUCAAACCGUUUUUUGUAGAGCCGGCUUUACCAUACUCCAUUGUCCAAGGAGAAAGUUUUGCUCUGAAGACAAAGAUCUUUAACUAUAUGAUGGACUGCAUCAUGGUUCAAGUUACCAUCGCAGAAUCUUUGGACUAUGUUGCAGUACCUUGUACUGGGUGUCAGUACACUACGUGUCUUUGUGCAAAGGAAGAUAAAACUUUCACAUGGAAUAUUAUGGCCAAAACUCUGGGAAUGAUUAAUAUCACCAUCGGGGCUGAGGCUAUUCAAACAACGCAGCUUUGUAAUGGAUCAGUUCCAGUGGUACCUGCAGAGGGCAGCACUGACACCGUCAUCAAAUCACUCUUGGUGGAGGCAGGAGGAAUCCUUGUGGCAUUAUCCAAGUCCUCAAUUGUAUGUUUAAAUUCUAAUAACACAUCUUAUAAAGAAGAUGCUAUUCUACAACCACCAGCUGACAUCAUUCCAGGAAGUGCGAGAGCUAAUAUCCGUGUCUACGGUGAUAUCAUGGGAAGUGGACUGAAAAAUCUUGAAAGCCUCCUUUCCAUGCCAAGUGGCUGUGGAGAACAGAACAUGCUGGGUUUAUCUGUUGACAUUGCUGUCAUGACAUACCUGAAAGCAACAGGUCAGCUAACAAGUGAAAUUGAAAAAGAAGGCAUCGCAUAUCUGGAAAGUGGUUACAUGAGGGAAAUGAACUACAAACGCUAUGAUUGUUCUUUUAGUGCAUUUGGAAAUAAUGACAUGGGAGGAAGCCUUUGGUUGACUGUUUUUGUGGCAAUCAUGUUUGGUAAAGCCAGAUACUUCAUCUCAGUUGAUGACAGUGUGAUUAUCUGUGCUCUCCAAUGGAUACAACAACAGCAGCAACCAUCUGGCUGUUUUAACAAUGUUGGAAUGCUGUAUCAUACAUCAAUGAAGGGUGGAGUAGACGAUAACAUCUCUCUGUCUGCAUACGUGGCUUACUCUCUGCAAGAACUUCCUUUCCAAACACCUGCAACUGAGCUGAUGAUUAACAAAAGUUUAAAGUGCCUGAGUGCAGCUGUGCCACAAGUAACUAACCCAUACACAAUGGCAUUAAUGAUAAAUGCAUUCAGGACAGAUCAGUAUGCAUCACAAAAUAAGUUAUUGCAGGAGAAACUCUAUAAUCUUGCAAUUAAAAAAGAUGGCUUAAUGUAUUGGAAAACACUGACAAGUUCUCCACCUGAAAACUACUGGUACUGGUAUCGUGCACCAUCUGAUCAGGUGGAGUUGGCAGGGUACGUUCUGCAGGCCAUCAUGAGUGACUUAAAGACAUCAAUCUUUAAUAUUAAUGAUGCCACUGAAAUAAGCAAAUGGAUGGUGAUGCAACAGGGACCAAAUGGGGGCUUUCAGGAAACCCAGGAUACUGUGGUUGGUUUCAAUGCACUUGGAAAAUUUGGUGCCAUGUUUAACAGUGCCACACUUCAAGCAAAUGUAAACAUUUACAAAGGUGAAGCAUUGUUAUCAACUAUACAAGUCAAUGAAGAAAACCGUUUACUACUUCAGCAGUACUAUCUGGAGAAAUUAUUUGGCAAUUACACAAUCGAAGUCACUGGACAAGGCUGUGUUAUUUUACAGGAAAUCUUAAAGUACAACAUUCUUCCUCCAGAGGAUCAGAACACCUUCUCUAUUCAAGUGAAAACAGAACCAUUUCAAUGUGAACCUACACCUAUUAUUGGCAUGACCAUCACUACAAGCUACAUUGGAGAUCGAAAUGUUACCAACAUGUGCAUCAUUGAAGUAAAGAUGUUGUCAGGUGCUGCUCCAGAUAUGGAUUCCAUUAAUCAGUUGCUACUGCAAAACUAUGUGAAGAAGGCAGAAUAUCAGGAUCCGUUACUUCAGAUAUACCUGGAAGGUCUGCCUCGUGGAGUGUCUGCACAAUUUACCUUUUCUAUUAACCAAGACUUUUCUGUGAACAACCAACAGCCAUCUUCUGUCAAAAUAUAUGACUACUAUAAGACAACUGAGAAUACAGCCACCGAAUACAACUCACCAUGCUAAAAGAUGCUGGUUGAAGCACUUUAGAAGACUG